GUGUACCGGCUCGUCCCCUUCAGUCUUGCACAGGUGUACCGGUUCCUCCCCUUCAGUCUUGCACAGGUGUCCCGGCUCCUCCCCUUCAGUCUUGCACAGGUGUAUCGGCUCCUCCCCUUCAGUCUUGCACAGGUGUAUCGGCUCCUCCUUUCAGUCUUGCACAGGUGUCCCAGCUCCUCCCCUUCAGUCUUGCACAGGUGUAGCGGCUCCUCCCCUUCAGUCUUGCACAGGUGUACCUGCUCCUCCCCUGCAGUCUUGCACAGGUGUCCCAGCUCCUCCCCUUCAGUCUUGCACAGGUGUCACAGCUCCUCCCCUUCAGUCUUGCACAGGUGUACCGGCUCCUCCCCUUCAGUCUUGCACAGGUGUACCGGCUCUUCCCCUUCAGUUUUGCACAGGUGUCCCAGCUCCUCCCCUUCAGUCUUGCUCAGGUGUACCGGCUCCUCCCCUUCAGUCUUGCACAGGUGUAGCGGCUCCUCCCCUUCAGUCUUGCACAGGUGUACCGGCUCCUCCCCUUCAGUCUUGCACAGGUGUCCCGGCUCCUCCCCUUCAGUCUUGCACAGGUGUCCCGGCUCUUCCCCUUCAGUUUUGCACAGGUGUACCGGCUCCUCCCCUGGACUGAAACGGUUUCCUCGGAUUUCACCGCACACUGUGACCUUCACACAGUGUGCAUUAGAAGCUGCAGCAAGUCAGAUAGAGCUCCGCCUUCUAAUCUAGAGCUCCACCUCAUUUCCUGGCUGGAGGACGUCCAGCAUUAUCUAGACCACAGGUGUCAAACUGGCGGCCCUCCAGCUGUUGCCAAACUACAAGCUCACACUCCUCCAGACUGACACCUACCCAUCAAGGAACUUUUAUAUUUGCAUAACUCCUCAUACCGUUUGUAUCAGGAGUGAGGGCGCUCUUGA